AAUUCAUCAAAGCAGCUCUUUUGAUCUUCAUAUUUUCUCGCUGAGAAACUAAAGGCAGCAAUGAGUCUUUCCGACAAAGACAAGGCCGCGGUGAGGGCCAUCUGGGCCAAAGCCGAAGGGAAGGUCGCCGAAUUGGGAGGUGAAGCACUGGGCAGGAUGCUUGUUUCCUACCCACAAACUAAGACCUACUUCUCUCACUGGGGAGAUCUGAGCCCUCAGUCCGCCAAAGUGAAGAAGCACGGUGCCACCAUCAUGGCAGCCUUGGGAAAAGCUGUCAAGGGCAUCGACGAUAUCCCUGGUACUCUGGCCGCCCUCAGUGAGCUCCAUGCCUUCAAACUCCGGGUGGAUCCUGCCAACUUCAAGAUCCUGGGCCACAACAUCGUUUUGGUCUUGGCCAUGUACUUCCCUGCUGACUUCACACCUGAGGUUCACCUUUCCGUGGAAAAGUUCCUGCAGAACGUGGCCUUGGGUCUGGCUGAGAAGUACCGCUAAAGUCGCACCGAUUGUGUGAACAAGGAGUUUCACCAUCCCACAUCCUCAACACUCUUUUAAAACAUGUGGAGACUCGUUCAAUAAUAAUAAAUAAAAAAAAAUACAUCCGAGGAUGUUCAAUUCUCA